UUAGCCUCUGAAGAAUUUGAAUGGUAUGAUUUAAUUCAAGCAAUUCAGAAUAUAUUUAAAGCGUGUUCUCUUCCCGGCUUAACAUCGAGUUAUAAUUCAAGUUUAUUUAAAUGUGAGGACACGACUAACUACAUUUCGAAACAUCGUUUAUCCGAUAGAUCAAUUGAUUGUUAUAAUUCAACAGAUGAAAUUACUGCUGUCGCCUGUUCCUUUAAUUUAUCCAAUCGUUUUCAAUGCUCAACAAUACAAGAUUGUAUAUCAAGAAAAUUAUUGAUGGACGGCACGAACGAUUGUGAAGAUAGGUCCGACGAACGUUUUCCCGCGUCGUGUAAUUCGGACUUGGUAUCAGGCUGUAAAUAUUUUAGAAAUACUACCAAUCAAAAUGAAGGAAUGAUGUUUGAACAAAUUUGUGAUGGUAUCGUUGAGUAUGAGUCUGAUGGAGAAACAGAUGAGAUGAACUGUGAAAGUUGGCCUUGUGAGACGAAAUAUACAAUAUGUGACCGUACUUGGAGCUGUAAAAAUGGAAGUGAUGAACUUGAUUGUGAAGAUUCAUUAUCUGAAAAGCAUUGUAGGAAUUAUCAACAUUACUGUAUAACAUUGGAUGGAAUCAAAUGUUUAAAUGCUACAUUUGCUGGAGAUAAUUUAACUGACUGUUUAGGUUCAUCAGAUGAAAGAGAAUUUUGUCGUAAAAAUUAUUCACGUAAUACUGAUUUGAGAUAUCGUUGUAACAACAGUGAUAAAUGUAUAAGUCCAUUAAAAUUGUGUGACUGUAAAUACGACUGUCCAGAUGAAGAUGAUGAAAAGAUUUGUACAUGGAUAGAUAAAUAUAAAUGUAAACAGAACUAUUUUGUAUGUAAAGAUGGCUCAAUAAUACCAUAUGAAUCACGGUGUGACAACGAGUAUGACUGUAAAAAAGGAGAAGACGAGUGGCUGUGUGAUCUUAUUGAUCAACCAACAUUAUACUAUUCUGACACAAAAAAUUUUGUUGAAUAUCCAACGAUACAGCUAGCUACCAGGAAAUACAUUCACCAAGGUCAUAAAAAGGAUGCCAUUUCUCAGAAAGGCAAUGUGAAUAAACAGAUCACAAUCGAAUAUGCUGUUCAAUCAGAUAACGAUCCGGUUUAUCGUUUAAUAUGGUACUGCAAUCGAGGUAUUCUUGUUCAUUCUGCUAAUAGAGAUUUUUGUCUUUGUCCUCAAAUGUAUUAUGGGGAUCGUUGUCAAUAUCAAGCAGAAUACAUUAUGAUAAGUGUCAAAGUUAAAGCACUUCUUGCGUCUCAACAAAAUUCGAUUAUCACGCUCAUUGUUCAACUGAUUGAGUCCAAAACGGGUGUUGUACUCGCUUAUGAGAGAAUAAUUCAUUAUACCAAGAGUUGUAGUUCGAAGCAUUUAAGAACAUUAGUUUAUCCGUACCCCAGACUCGCAAUAACAGAUUUCUAUGUUCGUAUUGAAGCAUUCGGUGAAGAUUAUGUAAAAAAUGAUGGAAUUCAUUAUUUGGCUUCUUGGUAUUUCGAAGUCUUAUUCCCAUUUUUACCUGUUAAUCACCUUUCUGGCAUCUUAAAUGUUCCAGAAAAGGGAGUCACCAUAGAAUCAUGCAAAAAAGUAAUGUGUAAUAAUGGCUAUUGUGUUAAAUACAUUAAUAGUGACAGAGAGUAUUGUCGUUGUUAUAAUGGGUGGCAGGGUAUGUUGUGUGAUGUGAAAGACAAAUGGAAAUGUACUGAUGAUUCGAUCCAUGUUACUCGCAGUAGAAGUGAUCUUUCACCAAUUUGUGUGUGCGCAAGUGGAAAGAACGGUCAAACCUGUAGUGGAACACUCAAUUGCCUCUCAGGUUCUUGUAAAAAUGGAGCGACAUGUAUCCAGGUGGAUUUAAGAUCAGUUGAAUUUAUUUGUAUUUGUGCAGAAGGUUAUUAUGGUAUAGAUUGUGCAGCACACGCACCCACUUUGCAUGUUUUGUUUGGUAUACCUGUACCUUCUUCAGCCAUAAUCCACUUUCUUCAGUUUUUGAACAGAGAAGAGCCGUAUCAAUUUAUUGUGUUCAAACGAAUUCCUGUGCAUCAAUACGAUCUUACCGUACGGGUUACAGUACAUGACGAACCCUACCUUCCGCAGAUUGCUUAUUUGCAUGUAUUUCAUGAAAAUAUUUUGAAAAAUCAUUAUUAUUUGAUCAUGUUAUUGAAAGAAGGACUAGCAAAUGUGACUACUAUCGUCAAACCAGAGAAUCGUUGCCCACAUGUUAAGGAAAUACUGAGUAGUACACGUGCCUCGUAUCAAUAUUUGAAACGUGUAAAGUAUUAUCAUUUACCAUGUCUACAAAAGCAAGUUAAAUGCUUUUAUGACGAAGUAUCGAUGUGUCUUUGCAACGAAGAACAUUUCGCUGAAUGCUUUCGUUUUAAUCAUGAUUUAACGGAAUGUUCUGAUAUUAGUUAUUGUGAAAAUGGUGCUAAAUGCGUGCAGGAGCAUCGACUUUGUCCUAAUCGCUUACUUUGUUUGUGUGCCGACUGUUAUUAUGGAGGUCAAUGUCAAUUUACAACUGCAGGUUUUGGCUUAUCAUUAGAUACCAUUAUUGGUCAACAUAUUCAACCAACCGUUAAAAUUAUAAAACAAACAUUUGUCAUUAAACUCACCCUCGGAAUAGUGACUGUUAUGUUCGCUUUUGGUUUAAUUAGUAAUAUUCUAUCAAUAAUAACAUUUUGUGAAAAGAAGACGCAAGAAUUGGGUUGUGGUAUUUAUCUGUUUUUUUCUUCUGUUGUCUCUUUGCUAUCUAUGAUUAUUCUAACAAUUAAAUUUUGGUAUUUACUAACGACACAAAUUUUAGUAAAUACAAAUCGUACUGCUGUUACUAUUAAUUGUAUUAUAUGGGAAUAUUUACUGAAAUGUUUGCCUACUUCUGCUGAAUGGUUAACUGCAACGGUAGCAAUUGAAAGAGCUGUUAGUGUCACAUUAGGCGCUAAUUUCAAUUCAUACAAAAAGGGAAGUGUUACAUUAGCCAAAUAUUUAUCUAUCAGUAUUAUUUUUGUUAACAUGAUUAGCUUUGUUCAUGAUCCAAUCUAUCGUCGUCUCAUCGAUGAUCCAAUUGAAGAGCGAACAUGGUGUGCUAUCAGUUAUACUAAUCGACCCUGGUUAAGAUAUUAUAAUUCAGCUAUAAAUGUAUUCCAUUUUAUAGUUCCAUUUAUUGUUAAUUUUGUCUCAGCUCUUGUCAUUGUGGUGAAAAGUGCUCGUUCUCGAUCAGUUGUUCGAACAAAUCAGAAUUAUCAUGAUAUUUUUAAAGAACAAUUGAUUAAAUAUAAACAUUUAAUUAUAAGUCCUAUUUGUCUCAUUAUUCUAGCGCUACCACGUCUCAUCAUUUCGUUUCUAUUUGCAUGUAUGAAGUCUACACGUGAACCAUCAUACAUCUAUUUAGUAGGUUAUUUUACCUCUUAUUUACCGCUUGCCAUGACAUUACUCAUCUUUAUUAUACCAUCUGAAAUGUAUAAAAAAGAACUAAUGUCUGCCUUAAAACAAUACAAAAUGAACAUUCAACACUAUCUACAUAACGGUUAUUAA